UUAUAUCAAUCUGACAUGCACUGAAGAUGUGAUGACCAGUACCGUACCGUUGUUUCUUUUUCGUGAACGACGUCACUGAACCUCGAAGUUCUGGGGCAUCUGACGUGGAACGUGGUAAUUGAUCUCCAGAAUGGCCAUUGUCAUGUCAUGGUUGCAAAGAGAUUUCUGCAGUACACUUAGGCACAUACGUAGAUGUUAGAAGAUAACAUGGCUGCAUCAGAUGAAGAGUCACAUCAACGAUAUCACCGAAAUAGAAACGUGAAAGUCAACGGCAGGUAUGACCAACCAAUCAGACACUCUCGAUCCCAUUCCACGAGUGAUCUCCCAGCCAAAGAGUUUCAGGAAAGGACGUUGAAAUCAUCCCUUUAUGAGGAAACUGGAAGGGAAGAAGUGGAUGAUGCGCUUUACUCAGAAGUGAGCUCGAUGGACAGUAAUUUCUCCUGCGCGUGCUGCUAUGAGCUCAUGGUGCAACCCACCACCUUGAACUGUGGACAUAGCUUCUGUCGGCUGUGCUUAGCCAGAUGGUGGAAAACAUCACAGAAGAUGACGUGUCCAGAGUGCAGGCAACCUUGGACUGGAUUUCCUCAUAUCAACAUCAUCAUCAGGAACACAAUAGACAAGCUCCAUCCCAAGGCCAUUCGAAGGCGUACUACCGCCCUCCAAUCCUUUGAGAACAUCAAGCUUCUCCAGGAGUUUGAGGAGUUUGGUGAGGCAGAUGAGAAGACAAGAGAAGCAGAGGCCGCAGGAGGGAGGCAGGACAGACUCAGAAAGGGUUUUGUGUGGGGAGUCCUCACAACACUUGGUCUUGUCUUUUGUUUGCAGAUCCUAUUGAAUUGGAACAGACAGGACAGUGAGAUGUUAGUGUACAAACCUCUUUCAAGAUGGAGGCCUGCAGAUGUCUCGCAGUGGUUGUCAGAGCUUGGUUCUUGGGCUGCUGAUGGCUACAGUAGGCAGUUUAAUGCCAGUGGAAUAAAUGGGGUUCUCUUAGAGGGGCUACAGUCUGAAGGAGAGCUGGAGCCGGAACCCUUCAAUAUCAACAACUCACUUCACCGUCAGGCCAUCUUGGUAGCCCUGGAGAAGGUCAAGCAACUUGGUGGAAAACCUCCAAGAGAUCUAUGGGAGUUCAAGGCAUUGCAUCAAGGCCUGAGCACCUUCCUAUCCUACACAGUUCGCGAGUUUCCUCGUCUUACCAUGACUGGAAUGUACAUGUUCUACUAUGAAGAUGUUUUUCUUCCAUUUAUUCAUCUUGUCUGCCCGGCGAGGUCUGCCGUCGCUGGAGAAGCAAACAUCAUUGUGCAAUACUAUAGUGAAGACAUUGCGUGGGAGCAGUGGGUGGAGUUCAUCCCCAAGUUCCUCUUCCUCCCGUAUUUCCUCUAUGCAGAGUUUGCCUGGAACUUUGCCGAUGUAAACGCCUUGCCCGUAGCUUUCACCCUUGCAAACUGUGCCUUCCUGACAAUGGUUGAGGCCAAGGCCAUCACUGCUUUCUUCAGGAGGGGGGUCAGGACUACAUUCUUCUCCUUAAAGCGACAGACGAACACCUUUGUCAUCAUCUUCUUCAGUUGUCUUCUGUGGCCCAUCAUACCAACUAUCGUAACAGACCUCAUGUUCUACAUCUCUAUGUAUUACUCACCAUGUAUUAACUUCUAUGAAGUCUUUAUGCAGUGAGGCAGUGCAGUGAUAUAUAUCCUUUUUCUAGUUAUUAUUGCUAAUGCCUGUACAAUGGGGGAUUUAGAGUGAGGUGUUGGUGUUUGUGAUAACCAUUUCCUAUUGGAACCGGGUGAUCUCUGUACAAAGCUUAUGGGAAUCAUAGAAGUUGGUAGUCAACAGGUUAAGAGUGUGAAAAAGGCUGCCAAAUGAAGUGAGCUCAAACACCGAGUUGGUUCAGAAAGACAAUACUGAUCAUGCGAUUGAUGGUUUGAUACUGGAUGAUGACAUCAUGCCUCUGCUCGACCAUUUCAACUUCAUGCUUGAAGUCUUGAUGAUAAUGAAAUCAGGAAGAAACUACAUAAUGUAUAAAUCACCCAAAGAAACCCAAACGGUAAAUAUUAUUGUUCAUUAAAAUGUAUAAAGCUUUGGUGAUAUUCACUCAUCGUAACUUGAAAUCAAGAUUCACCCCCCCCCCCCCCCGCCAUGGGAUUGGUGUUGAUGAAACAAUGUUCUAGAUCAUGAACGCAAGCUGCCGGAAAUAUUUUUUUUCCUUUCUAGUGUCAAUACCAACACCAUAUUUUAAAUGAUAGAAUAUUGAAACAUAUUGUUUAAAUUGUCAUUAUACUAAGACUAUUUAAUAUAUAAUUCUUAAAGAGAUGCCAGGCAACAUUUUAGGAACAGCCAGUAUCAAUUUAUUUUUGUACAUGCAAUUAUCUAGAUAUACUACAGAUUGUCUUGAAUGAAGAUUAUUAUUUGUAUUUCUUCACUUUAGUGUUUAAAGAAUCAACAUGUCCAAAUUAUUCUAAACAGUUGAUGUUGGUUGUGUGAGUUUUGACAUUGCAUGAUUCUUCACUUUGAAUGAAACAGCUUUUAGGAUUUGACAUUCUUUGAUGAAAGCCCAGAACAUUUAACUUUUAUCUGUUAUGUACUGGGCAAUUCCAUAAAGUAUGUGUCCGACCCCCUAUGCAUGGGACCUUCAUGAAAUUUUCUGUCUAUGAUUUCUUGUUCUUUUGACAGUCUGUAAUGUUCUCAAAGGACCAUGACUUGGUCAGUUUAUGAAGUAAAGUAACACUUGCGAAAAUUGGAGGUUGGACGUACAAAAAAGGUUGAUCAUUUUACGGAAUUGCCUACUGGAUUAUUAGUUGUAAUGCAGGGAACUAAAAUAGUGAUACAUAUUGGCUUGAUAAAACAAGUAUUCUAAUUGCCAAUUGUAAUAUAUAUGGAUCAGUGUAUUUUAGACCCAGUUUAUUUCAUUUUAAAUCAUUGAUACAUGUAGGUGCUCUGAACUUUUUAUAAGAUUUGUUGUAUUAAAAUUCCCAUCAUUUAUUGAGCAAAAAGAUAAGUUUUGGAGGUGAUAGUGGUGAUAUGAGUACCUGUAACUAACCAUAUCUUUUAAAAGUUUAACAAUUAUUAUUUUUUAUCAUUUGUUUGGCUUUACCUGUGCCUGGGAGACGAAAAGCGAACUGAAUCACUAU